AUGGCGGAAGAGCUACAAGCACUUCAACGACGGUGCGAAUUCACUAAGGCGAAGAUCGCACGCAUCAAAACAAACCUCAUCAAAGCAGAUGAUGAGCAGAUUCCUGUCGACGAAUAUGUGCUGGAUACAUUUCUACGUACGAUUGAUGCUGCGUACCUCGACAUGAACGAUUGCCAAGCAAAGUUGUUUGCUGCUACGCCACACAAGCAGGAGGAAGAAGAACAGGAGUAUUUUGAGUUCGAACAAUUGUACACGGAAGUGCGAGCGGAAGUAUGCAGGCAGUUGGAUAGACACAAAAAACAGGAGCUACAGGUGCAUUCCGGUCUACAGCUGGUAUCCAAUGCGCCACAGAUUCGAGUACAACAGUCCGUGUUACCACAUACACCGCUACCGAUGUUCGACGGGAAACCAGAGCAUUGGUUCAAAUUUAAGUCGAUGUUUCUAGAUAUCAUGAAGAAGUGUCCGUCCGAGGAUGCUGCUACAAGGUUAUACCACUUGGAUAAGUGUCUAAUCGGGAAAGCGGCCGGUGCGAUUAACCAGCAGUUUAUCAACGCAAACAAUUUUGACGGUGCAUGGAACUUUCUCCAGCAACGAUACGAAGAUAAACGGAAAAUCGUAGACAUUCAUGCAUCUCGGUUGCUUCAGCUCAAACCGAUGACUCAAGAAAGUGGUAAGCAGUUGAGAGAACUAAUCGAAGAAUGCGUAAGGCAUGUCGAUUCGCUCAGAUACUACGGGUACGAUGUACUAGGCCUCUCAGACAUUCUGUUGGUAAAUGUGAUUGCCUCUCGACUCGAUUUCGAAACAAAAAAGAUGUGGGAAGCUACAAACAAGCACGGUGUGAUUCCCACAUACGCUGAUACGAUUUCCCUCCUGGAAAAACACACUCAGGUUCUCGAACGGGUAGAGGCCAGUCAGCAGAAGGUUAAACAAAAACCUAGCGCGCCAGAGCACGCGCAGAAGUUACAGACAAAAUCUACGACGCUUACGGUGACAAGCGAAACAAAAUGCGUGUUCUGCGAGAAGGCGCACUUCAACCAUCAGUGUGAAGAGCUUCUCAAACUUUCUGCUACCGACAGAAACGCCAAAGCCAAACAAGCUGGCGUAUGUUACAAUUGUCUGAGAAAAGGGCACAUGACAGCAAAAUGUUCAUCAAAGCACUCUUGUCGUGACUGCAACAAACGACAUCACACGGUUCUACACAUUGACAUCCCGAAACCGAGUGAUGAUACAUGCAAAACUACUGAUGUUCAGUCUACCGAAACCGGCAAAGCUUCGACAAAUACGAGCAACGUAGUAACCCUCAACUGCGCCACAAGUACUAACGAACAAGAAGCAGUGCUGCUAUCAACAGCGAUCGUGAACAUACUCGAUGUACAUGGACAGAGCAAGCUGUGCCGUGUUUUACUUGAUUCCGGAUCGCAGCUGCACCUGAUUACUGAGGCAAUGGCUAAUCUCCUUGGUAUUAGUCGAAAUCGAUGUUCCACCAGUGUCGUCGGUAUCAACGGCAAGGAAACGCCUGUCAAACACAUGUUAGCUGUUCAGUUUGGCUCACCAAGCAAGCUCAACGUAUCCGACUGGAUUAUUCCGGAUGGAGUUUUGUUAGCAGAUCCAAACUUUUACAAGCCCCAGCGCAUCGAUCUCCUAAUUGAUGCACAACUGUUUUUCCACAUACUGAGGACUGGGCAAAUACAGCUCGGCGAUAAAUUACCGGUCCUUCAAGAGACGACACUUGGAUGGGUAGUUUCGGGUGCUGUUACCGGACGUUCACCAUACCGUCAAUACAAAGGCUGCCACACAGCGCUUUCCGAUCCUGAUCAUCAACUCGAACAGUUAAUCCAACGUUUCUGGGAAUUGGAAGAAGUUCCACUAUCAACGAAGCUGUCGAGUGAAGAGGAGUUAUGUGAACAACAUUACCAACUAACAACGACCCGGGACAUCUCCGGCCGAUAUGUGGUCAGAUUACUCUUCCGUAACACCACUAACAAGCUUGGCGACUCACGCCAGCAGGCGCUCCAAAGGUUUGGACACCUUGAAAGACGCCUGGCAACCAAUUCGGAGCUGAAAGAACAAUAUGAUUUCUUUAUGGAGGAAUACAUACGGCUCAACCACUGUAAGGAAACGCCUGAGUCAGAGGUGAGUAGCAGCCCAAACUUCUAUUUACCUCACCACGCCAUUCUGAAACCUACUUCUUCUUCUACCAAACUACGAACGGUUUUCGACGCAUCGGCGAAAUCGUCUUCUGGCGUGUCGCUAAACGAUCUGCUUAUGAUCGGACCGGCUGUGCAAGAUUCGUUGCUGAACAUCGUGAUGCGGUUCCGAAUCCACCGAUACGUCUUCUCAAGCGACAUAUCCAAAAUGUAUCGCCAAAUCAGGAUUCAUGACGACGACAAGAAAUUCCAGAGGAUCAUUUGGCGAAAGCAUCCUACGGAUUCACUUCAAACAUAUGAUCUGACAACUGUGACAUAUGGUACAGCGUCAGCACCGUUUGCAGCCACACGCACUCUGAAUCAAUUAGCUACUGACGAGGGAUCUAAAUUUCCACUGGCUGCUGCGAUUGUGGUCAAAGAUUUUUACGUGGAUGAUGUUUUGUCCGGAGGCGAUUCAGUGAACGAAAUUCAAACUGCUGCUAAGCAAUUGACACAGCUAUUAGACAGCGGCGGGUUCCAGUUACACAAGUGGUGCUCUAAUUCAGCUGAGUUUUUGGAAUCAAUUCCCGACGAGCUACGAGAGAAGCAAUCAACUUUGGAAAUAAGUGGAGCAAAUGACGUUAUCAAAACACUAGGGCUGCUUUGGAAUCCGUCGUCGGACGAAUUAGCUUUCAGGAUAAACCCGAUUCAAGCGCAAACUGCGAUAACAAAGCGACAUAUUCUGUCAGAGAUGUCAAAAAUUUAUGAUCCUCUCGGGCUGCUUGCACCGGCCACGUUAGUCUCCAAACUUCUCAUGCGUGAACUGUGGAAAUUAAAAAUCGACUGGGAUGAAGAAGUACCAAUAGAACAACGAAACAAUUGGGUUAAUUUCAUCGCGAGUCUUAUUGCAACUGCUGGAAUGACUAUCAAUCGUUACGUGCUGACGGACAACAGAAUCGCUAUCGAACUUCACGCUUACUCCGAUGCGUCCUUGGCAGCCUACGGUACGUGUGUGUAUAUACGUUCAAUUUGUUCAAACGGCAACGCAGAAGUGCAUUUACUGACGAGCAAAUCUAAGGUAGCUCCUAAUCAGACGGUUCCCCGCUUGGAGUUAUGCGCAUUCCUGCUGAUGUCUCGUUUAGUGAAGGUAGUCACAACGGCACUUAAACUGGAUUUCAACAACAUCGUUCUGUGGACGGAUUCCCAAAUCGUCCUUUGUUGGCUAAAAAAAUCACCACACGAACUCAAUACUUUUGUUGCCAACCGUGUAGCUGAAAUACAACGAUCUACAAAGGGUUAUGAAUUCAAGUAUACACUGUCAGCUUUGAAUCCUGCGGAUAUGGUGUCGAGAGGUGUCCUACCGGGAGAACUAAUGCACAAUGAUGUCUGGUGGCAUGGUCCAUCAUUUUCGCGUACCGCUACCUACAAAGAGUUUGUGUUUACUGAAGAAAUCUUGAUACCAGAUGUUAAAACAAUUGCGCUUCCAGUCAGUUGUCAAUCGAUUGACUUUCCGGUUCUGGAAAGGUACAGUUCAUUUCGUAAACUGAGGAGAGUGAUGGCAUACGUAGCACGAUUCAUUAGAAAAACGAAGGGGAUACGAACAGCGAAUGACAAUGAAGUAUUUCCUACGGUUGAAGAAUAUCAAGUAAGUCUUGACAUGAUCGUCAGCCUGGUGCAGCGACAAUAUUACGCUGAUGAUAUCAAGCAGAUACAGAGGUACAACACUACGCAGAAUAUGAACCACAAAUAUGUGGGAGAUUUGCGCUCGCUGAAUCCCAUAUACGAAUCCGGAAUAUUACGUGUAGGCGGCAGAAUCAAGCACGCGAAUCUAACCUUUGGACAGCGUCAUCCGAUUAUACUUCCACCGAAGCAUCAUGUGACAAAGAUCAUCAUUAACGAUUUCCAUGAAACGUACCUGCACAUUGGACCCAGUGGUUUGCUAUCUGCGCUUUGA